ACAGGCUACAAGUUGAAGCUAAGCGCAUUGACUACAUUCAUCACGCUUCAACGAUUUUGCCAUUUCCCGGGGUAACAUUCCACCUGGUGUGACGUAUCCCUAGCUUUUUUAGACUGGAGUUCCGAUCUGAAGUCUGAAGUGAAAGAAAAUCGACGGAGAAAACCAGAUAGUUUGAAAUUCCCAACCAGCUACCACAUUGCAGAUCAACCAACCAUGGCCUUAGUGGACCUCCUCGGAGAGACGGUGACCAAGAAGGACAAGUCCACAGUGGACGUCAGCUCCCUGUCUGGGGAGGGCAAGGUAAUGGGCCUGUACUUCUCUGCCCACUGGUGCCCGCCAUGCCGCGGGUUCACACCCAAGCUGGCCGAGUGGUACAAGAACUUCAAGGCCACGGCCAAGGGUGCCAAUCUGGAGAUCGUCUUUGUCAGCUCGGACAGCGACGAGACGUCCUUCCAGGAGUACUUCAAUGAGAUGCCCUGGCUAGCCCUGGAGUUUAGCAAGCGAGACUUGAAGGCCAAGUUGAGCCAGAGGUUCAAAGUGUCUGGAAUCCCCACCCUAAUUCUCCUGGAUGCGGCCACGGGCAAGGUGAACGAGGGCGACGGGAGGAGCGUGGUCAUGGAGGACGCAACGGGGGAAAACUUUCCCUGGACGCCCAAGCCAUUUGAAGAGAUAUUCACGGGCCCUCUUAUCAACAACAAGGAGGAGAAAAAGACAACCGAUGACAUCAAGGGCAAGGUGGUCGGGCUGUACUUCUCAGCUCACUGGUGCGGGCCAUGCAGGGGCUUCACCCCCAAACUGGUCGAGUCUUACAACAAGAUGAAGGAAGCUGGCAAGAACCUGGAGAUAGUCUUCUGCUCCAGUGACCGUGACGAGGCCAGCUUCAUGGAGUAUUUCAAGGAGAUGCCCUGGCUGGCUUUGCCGUUUGGUGACAAGCGCAAGCAGGCCCUGUCCAAGAAGUUUGAUGUGCAAGGCAUUCCCACCUUGGUCUUUCUGGAUGAGAGUUGGAACGUGAUCACAACCAACGGUAGAGGAGCCAUCUCUAAAGAUCCUGAGGGCAAAGAUUUUCCAUUCUACCCCAAGCCGGUCAACAUGCUGUCUGGCGACACUGCCAGCGCUAUCAAUGAAAACACUACUCUCAUCUGGUUUGCAGCUGACAGCGCAGGGGCUGCAGCCAACAAGGAGCUGCUCAUACCAGCAGCUGAGGGAAUAAUCAGUGCAGCCAAGGCAAAGGGUGAAAGCCCGCCCAUGGACUUCCUGGUGGCAUGUGAAGAUGAAGAUGAGGACGACAUUAUCGAAGGCCUUACGGAGUUCUGCAAGCUGGAGUUCAGCAAUGUUCCUUUCCUCUGUAUCAUCGACGUCUCGUCUCAGAGUAUCUACAAAGAUUACGACAAGAAGGCGUACACCAGCGAUGAGCUGAAGGCCCUCGUCACGAAGUACUUGGACGGACAGCUAGAAAAGCAAAAACUCCGCUAAGAAGGGUCGUCUGCAAUUCAUUUAACCAUCAAGACCAACUACUGCUGUACGCUUCAGAAAGUAUUUACAUUAUAUGACAUUAUAUCUUAAAAAUGCACUAUCAUUCUUUGAAAUAUUAUAGGAAAGAGGUUUUUCUUUUGUGGUCAAAUGUUAGUUGAUAGGUUUGUACAUGUGAAAAGGUUUCAACUUUGGUUUUUUUUUCUUAUUUUUUAAAA